CCCGCCCGGCGUUGCGCGGAGCGGCGGCCGGAGCUGAGGGUUGCUUCGGGAGCCAGGCCGGGCCCGGCGCUUUUAUGGAUCCGCUUCCAGCCGUGGAGUUCUCGGCUCCAUCUUGUUGUUUCCUUUAAGGCGAGAGGCAAAAAGGAUGAGUAAGAGCAAGGACGACGCUCCGCAUGAGCUGGAGAGCCAAUUCGUGCUGCGGCUGCCGCCGGAAUAUGCCUCCACUGUGAGGAGAGCAGUUCAGUCCGGGAGCGUCAACCUGAAAGACAGACUCACCAUUGAGCUGCAUGCUGAUGGGCGCCAUGGGAUCGUUCGUGUGGAUCGAGUGCCGCUGGCAGCCAAGCUGGUGGACCUGCCCUGCAUCAUUGAGAGCUUAAAAACCAUCGAUAAGAAAACCUUCUAUAAGACAGCAGAUAUUUGCCAGAUGCUUGUUUGCACCGUGGAUGGUGAUCUCUACCCUCCUUUGGAAGAGCAGACUGUGAGUACUGACCCCAAGGCAAACAAAAAAAAGGACAAGGACCGAGAGAAGAAAUUCAUCUGGAACCAUGGCAUUACUCUUCCCCUGAAAAAUGUACGGAAGAGACGAUUUCGGAAGACAGCUAAGAAGAAGUACAUUGAAUCUCCUGAUGUGGAGAAGGAGGUGAAGCGUCUCCUGAGCACCGAUGCUGAAGCUGUCAGUGUCCGCUGGGAAGUCAUUGCUGAAGAUGAAACAAAAGAAGUGGACAACCAUGGUUCGCUCACGAGCCUGGACAUUUCUUCCCCGGGGAUGUCAGGACAUAAACAAGGCCAUGGCUCCUCAGAACACGACGAACUGCGGGAGAUAUUCAACGACAUCAGCAGCAGCAGUGAAGAUGAAGAUGAGCGGGAUCAUCACGAUGAUGAAGACCUGAACAUCAUGGACACCGAGGAGGACUUGGAAAGGCAGCUGCAGGACAAACCAAAUGAAUCUGAUGGGCAGCAGCAGGAGAAUGAGGGGUCCAACCAGAUAGUCAUGGGCAUCCAGAAACAGAUUGACAACCUGAAGAGUAAACUCCAGGAGACCCAGGACAGGAGGAAGCGCCAGGAAGAUCUCAUCAUGAAAGUAGAGAACCUAGCCCUCAAGACCCGUCUCCAAGCUGUGCUGGAUGAGUUCAAACAGCAAGAAGAGCGAGAGAAGCAGCAGAUGACAUCUCUGCAGGAACAGCUGGAGUCCCUCAUGGAGAAGUGAGGCAUGGACCUGACCAGAGCAGCAGGGCAUGUGGAAGCAAGCAGAGCUGGAAGUGCUCAAUCCCAUGCUGAAGUCUUGCUGCAGUCACUGCUGCAGUUUAGGGCAGUGCAAGAGGUUCUGUGUCCAGUGCUGCUCCUACGUGCCUUGUGCUGAGCUUGGCUGUAGAAUUAGGCCUGUGAGAGCAGCCAAAUGCUUGGGAGUUGCUGUAAAUAUUCAAAAGGGAUUUGGUUCUCCCUGGGUCAAUGUGGUGCAGCUCUGUGCACUUUGUUGAGUCUCGAAUGUGAUGGGAACUUGUCGCUGAAUUUGGGAAAUGCUUGUCUGCAAACCAGACUCAAUAAAGGACCAUCUCCAA